AUGUCUUCUCUUCCAUACCCUAUCCGUUUGCCCGCUUUGGCCGAUGCUCAGCUCACCCGCGUGGGUCAAAAGUCGCCCGAAGACAUCGUGGUCGUUUCCGCUGUGCGCACGGCCAUGACCAAAGGUCGCAAAGGCGGUUUCAAGGAUACCUUGGCUGAUGAGUUAUUGGCCAACGUGCUCAAGGCCCUUCUUACCAAGACUGGCAUUGAUCCCGCUCUGGUUCAAGACAUUGUGGUUGGCAAUGUCGCUGCCAAGGCCGGUUUAGCCACGCCAGCUCGCAUGGCGGCCUUGUAUGCUGGUUUCCCUGAAAGUACAUCAGUGGCUACCUUGAAUCGUCAGUGCUCUUCCGGAUUGCAAGCAUGUGUUCAGAUUGCCACGGCUAUUCAAGCCGGCCUGAUUGAUAUUGGUAUCGGCGCUGGUGUUGAGUCCAUGACUCACGAUUACUUUAGCCGCGAAGUAAAGGUCAGCGAAAAGCUCGCAAGUACAUCGGCUGCAGCCAACGAUUGUAAACUGCCCAUGGGCUUGACAUCGGAGAAUGUUGCAACGGAAUACGGCAUCACUCGCGAGGAACAGGAUGCUUUUUCGGUAGAUUCUCAUAAAAAGGCCGCCGCUGCACAGGCCGCCGGGUGGUUCAAGGAAGAAAUUGUGCCUGUGGAGGCGACUAUUGUGGACAAGGACGGUAACAGCAAGACUAUCGUGGUCGAUCAGGAUGAAGGCAUUCGUGCCAAUUCGUCAUUGGAAGGUCUGGCCAAGCUGAAGCCAGUUUUCAAGAAAGACGGCAGCACCACCGCCGGCAAUGCUUCGCAGAUUUCAGAUGGUGCGGCCGCGGUGCUUUUGAUGAAACGCAAAACUGCCUUGGCACUCAAGUUGCCCAUACUUGGCAAGUAUGUCACAGCAUGCUCGGUGGGUGUGCCUCCUCACGUAAUGGGCAUCGGCCCAGCUUACGCUAUUCCUGUCGUUUUGGAGCGUGCCGGAUUAGGCAUCAAUGAUGUCGAUAUCUACGAGAUCAACGAAGCGUUUGCAUCUCAAGCCCUUUACACCGUCAAGGCCCUUGGCAUUCCUCACGAAAAAGUCAACCCCAAGGGUGGAGCCAUCGCCCUCGGCCAUCCCUUGGGUUGCACUGGCGCACGACAGGUCGCCACGCUGUUCCCCGAAUUGCAUAGAACCGACAAACGUAUCGGUAUUACCAGCAUGUGCGUGGGUACCGGUAUUGGUAUGGCCGCUAUUUGGGAACGCGAAUAA